UUCAGUGGCGUAGAGCGUUUAUACAAAAAAUAUUGAAUCAGUUGACCAAUCAUGUAAGCCUCCCUGUUAGACUGGUUCCACGUACUUUGUGCUAAUAGAAGUUGUGCUUUGUGAAGUGUUGAUGUACGAUUUCUAUGCGGAAAAAGCCGACAACGCAAUGUUAAUGCCUUAGAAUGGUGAAGCGCGGACGACCGUCAUCGAAGCAGUCCGACCACUCGUUAGUGGCCAAAAAGGCGAAAGACUCAUUAAGCCUACUGCGAAAAAAGAAACCUUGCGAGAAGGCGCAUUGUCCCUGCAAAGAGCCGAGAUGCUUCGCCCAGGCUUCGGAUAAGUGCAGCGGGAACCUUUGGACGCCCCGUUGGUUCCACCUUAGCGAAGAUGAACACUAUUGCAACGAGUGCUUCGAACAUUUUUGCAAGCCUACCAGAGCUGGAUAUGCGAUUUUCAGCUUAUGGAAGGAAUUGUGGGUGCGUGACUUAAAGGGUGAGGCCGCCAUACGUCUUUUUAUGGCCGACCAGUUACUCCCGUUUUGGUUGCAAUGUGUUCGCUGUGACAAAUGGAGACAGCUUCCGUCAAGGCAAGAACUUCGUGAAUCGUUAAUUAGGGAUUUCACCUGCGACCAUUUAGUAUAUGGAGCGGAGUAUACCGGACCAACUUCAGGGGACAUUGAAUGUGGCGGCGUUUCGUCCUCCUGCGAUGAACCGGAGCCUCCGGAAGCGGCCAACGCCGUGCUUCCUCACUGGAUCAACACGCUUUCUUUGGCCCCUAUGCUAAAGGAUAGUCCUGCUGCCCCGUUGCUAGUCAACUAUAACCCCCUGCCGCUUGGAAUAACAGCAUCAAAACUUGACUACCUCUCCGAUAGACUCGCAGAGGCGGCACGAGAACUUCGUAAUCAGCUCGAGCUGGCCAAUGAUUGCAAAGACCCAUUUGUCUUAGGGUCUACUCCAAGGACUGAGGACCAGAUUGAUUUAAUCAGGGAUCGCCUCACGCAUCCAUUUCUCGAAACAGGGGAGGAACUUAUCGCAGGUGCGAUGCGCCCUGAUGCGAUGGAAGAACAUGAGAAAGUCAUUUUCUCAGAGUACUCGAAGGAACAGGCUAUGUUCCUUUGCUUACGAAACCUAGUUUAUUCUCUUUGGAUGCGGGAUCCUACUCGUUGGCUUACGAUUAAGGAAGUGGCAAAUAAUCUACAGUGCAGAGGGCUUUCCAGGAUUCGUUGCUUAUACGAGGCUCAGCGUAUUUUGCAUCAUUUGACCCAGCGCGGCUUAGUGAAUCACGGCCAUCUGUCUCCUCCACCCGACUUACCACGUCUACCACCCACACGAGUCGUCGUAGUCGGCGCAGGUGCCGCUGGUCUAGCAGCUGGAAGACACCUUAGUAACCUCGGGAUGAAGGUGACAGUCCUUGAAGUGGGUGAUCGAAUCGGGGGACGUGUAAAUUAUCGGAAACGUGGAGAUGGUUUGGCAUUUGCUACGGGAGCAGACCGUUUAGUAGGCGUUAUUAAUAAUCCUAUUGCCAUGCUCGCACUGCAGUGCGGUGUCACUCCCGUAAUUGAUGAAGACAGCCAAAUGUUGCUGCAGCCUGGAGGAACUCUUGUUGAUGCAGCAGUGGAUGAGGCUAUUGAUGAUUUAUUUGCACGAGCAUCAGAAGCACUUAUUGAAUGGCGUCAUGGAUUAGACCAAGCCGCCCAGCGACCCACGGGAAGUGCAAAAAAGGGAUCCAAUCCCCCACCGCCGCCGCCAACAGAACCCGAUGUCGAUCUGGAAAGGAAAAUGGGCCAGCUGAUUUGUCAAGCUAAUGGAGACCAGUUAUUAACAAAGGACGAAAAGGUUGUUCUUGAGUCAUACAAGUGUCUUCUUGAAGCAUCGUGUGGUGCGUCUCUCUCAAAAGUUUCAGCAAAGAUGUAUGCCCAUUACGCCUUCUGUCCCCAGUUCGCAGGUGGAUCUGCUACAGUACCCGGUGGCUUGGGGGCUCUUUUAGAGAAUCUGUCUUCUGGCCUGGAGGUUCGAUUACGGAAUCGUGUGGUAUCAGUCGAGCUAAUCACGCCAGGCAACGGGGCAGUACCGGAAGAUACUUGUCGAGCGCGAGUCUCGUUUAUUGCAGAAGAUGGAAAACAACGAACCCUAGACGCGGAUUAUGUUGUAGUCGCAGUACCUCUACAGGUGUUACAGAAGGAAACUAUUCGGUUUACGCCGACUCUUUCUGUACCGUUAAUACAGUCCUUGAACCAAUUUGGCUGUGGUCAACUGGAGCAGGUGAUAGCUGAGUUCCCGCAUAGCUUCUGGCGGCCGUCGAAUCAGGAUUAUCGUUGUGGCUUAAUUCUGCGAACACUUGAAGACAAAGAACGCGAACGGCGCGGAAUGUUUCCUAUGUUUAUUGACGUCUCCGCUCAUGACCGGGCUGGUAGAGAACGGUUCCUACUGAAAAGCUACAUAAUCGGUGACAGCGUGGACCGACUGCGCAUCUUAAGCGACCAGGAAGUAACUCAGGAAUAUGUGAAGAUGUUGAGAAAAAUCUUUGGUGAGAUACCCGAACCAUUACAAUGCCACGUGUCCCGAUUUUGUUCCAAUGAGCAUAUAGGGAUGGCGUACACAUAUCCCAAGGUGGGUUUCGUCAACACCGAAGAUUUACGUCCUUUUUCGUGCCCAGUUCUGGAAAACGCUGUGUUUCUGGCUGGCGAACAUCUCAAUCAAAACAUGUGUAGAAGUGUGGCUGGUGCCUAUCAGAGUGGAUUGGACGCAGCUGCACGUAUUGUCCAUAGGUGCCUCUACGGGGACGACGUGCCCUAUAUACAGAGCGGACUGUGACUCUAUUAUUAAUAGCUAUUUAAAGCUUUAUUUAUAAUACCCCGGAGACGAAGCGUGCGCUUCUCUAUUUUGCGAUUUAUUAUAUACCUUUGCACUUUCCCGAGUGAUAUACUUCCUGUAUAUCUUAUAGCUAAAGUCACGUUAAAUGGGGGGUACUUCUUAAACGUCAACGUCGUUUAUUUACGUUACUUAGUCAUCUUUCACCAAUUCGCAUUUCAGAGACGCGUCAACAUAACACCAAAAUGGGCCAAAGUCUCUGUUACAAAGAAUGCGAGACAUUUCAGGACUGAAUUUGUAUUAUGAUUGCUCCUCUGGUGAUCUUUUAUCGUAAAUGCUGUUUUUGUACAUUAUAGAAGGCCAUAUCUCACCGUAAAGAUAAGCAAAAUUGACUUAAAUCUGUAUAUUUGUAUUUAUGUGCAUGUACAUUAAUGAGAUAUAUGUGUCUGUGAAACCCGAGUGGGCAUUUUGAGCAAAAGCAUGUGAACUUUCAUUACAAAUAAAAAACAAAAAUAAUAAAGAGAGGAUACACGAAAAAAAAUACCCAAGCUAUAUAAACUAUACAGUGCUUUAGAUUUUCUCAAAAAAUCCCCAUCAAAUGGUUGGACUAUAUUGUAAUGUAUACGUUUGUUUUGACUAUCCAUAAGCAACAAUUCUUUUUUCUUUUGAAUAUAAAGUAACGCUAUAUAACAUCAAGAAACGCAUUAGCUUCGAUCUAAUAUGCUCUCCCUUCGAUGCUCUUUCCACUGAUCUUUCUCUAACAAAAUCUUAAAUAGUGGUUACUGGUGGAAACAACCUAAACUUCGAGUUACACAUUAUUACAUCAUCGAAAAACCUCAACUGUAUUUCGUCACACUAUUACACAGUUGUUAGUGUUUUAAGUUAGUGAUUUUCCCCGUCAGGAGCCAAUAAGCAUAGGCAAAUGUUUGCAAAGUAAUGGGAUAUUUGAAUAGCAGGCUUUCGAUUUAAUAGAAAAGCCGUUAGAAUUAACUCGAUAUAUAGCGAAACGAUUACUAUAAAUUCCUGAACUAGAGUUACUACAAAUACGUGUUUCGUUACAUCAUUAAUAAUGCUUCACACAGUGAGUGGCGUAACGAAUUUUUGCUCUUAGUUCAGGUUCAUCCAUUUUUAGCGGUAUUUUCGAUGAUGUAAGAAUUGGGUAGUCCAAGCUAAAUAUUAUCGUAUUUUCGAAGCUAUUUUAGUCCAAAAGUGUAGAAUUAGUACGCACUUCUCUAACGCAGUAUUCCAACAAAAAUUGUUUGUUAAUACUUUCCCAUUAACGUGGAAACAUAAUGCCAUUGCCAAAAUGUGAGUUUCAGUUAGAUAAAUAUCCGUCCAAGUGAGAUGUUCAAACGUUGUAACUUCUUGAUAUCGACAAUGGGCAAUCGAGUAAAAUAAAAAAACGUAUAUUAUAGCAUUACUGGUAGUGAAAAAAACCGAACCGGUUCUUUUUCGGAGCGAAUUUUGUGUUCAC